AUGGCGGGCUUCGCCGAGCGGAUCUGGGAGUCCAUCUUCACCCCUGGCCCAACCCCGAGUCUCCUGAUUGCGACCAACGUCACCUUCGCCAGUCUGCAGAUCGUCCUCUUCGUCCUCCUUCUCGCGACAUACAGCGUCCACUUUGUUGUGUUGUCAUUCCUGUCGGCAGGGCUCUGGUGGGCCAUCAACUGGUUCGCGGCCGAGUUGAAAGCUGCCCAGGACAACGAGGCAAGGGAUAAGGCCCGCGCCGAGCAACGAGCGUCCCGACAGGUGACGGAAGACAGUGAGACCGAGGUCGAGACGAUCAUCGCGAAAGGGAAGCCAACAACUGGGAGCAGGGAGGUCGAAGUCAUGGAGCAAACUGGAGACUUGAAGCUGCGGGCCGAGUCCUCGUCGGGAACCAAAUCCAGUGUCAGCACCGAAGACGAGUGGGAGAAAGUGUCGGAGAGUGAGAAGGAGAAAUAG